UGUGGUUUUAAUAUUUAAUGAUUCCUCGAGCAUAGGACCCUGCAUCAGAAUCACAGAAAAGGAGAGUUAAAUGUUUGGCCAUUUUUAUUACCCAAGGUCAGAAGAUCACUAUUUGAGAUUACAAAGUGAUGUUUUAAUUUCCAAUUGUAAAUCACUAUAACUGAGUUUCUCUAUCUCUGAUUUAGCAAAAAAAUCUGAAUCUGUUUAAUUUGGAAAAGAGAUGUAUAUGAUAGAAAGCAAAGGAGGGGCAAUAGCUUGUAUGCUAUUAUCCCUUGUGUUCUUGGGAACAUGGCCGGCGAUCUUAACGCUGCUUGAACGACGCGGUCGUCUACCCCAACACACAUACUUGGAUUACACAAUCACCAAUCUCCUGGCCGCAGUCUUAAUCGCGUUUACGUUUGGCGAAUUGGGGGAUCAGAGACCCAAUUUCUUAGAUCAAUUGGUGCAUGCGCAAGAGAAUUGGCCUUCAAUUCUCUAUGCAAUGGCCGGUGGGGUGGUUCUUUGCCUCGGCAAUUUGGCGACCCAGUAUGCUUGGGCGCUCGUCGGAUUAUCGGUCACCGAGGUUAUCUCUUCCAGUAUAACUGUUGUUAUAGGCACGACGUUGAAUUAUUUCUUGGAUGACAAAAUAAACAAGGCGGAGAUUCUUUUCCCCGGCGUGGCGUGCUUCUUAAUCGCGGUUUGUAUCGGUUCUGCCGUUCAUGCUUCCAACGCCGCUGAUAACAAAGCAAAGCUUAGUAGUAGAAUCAGAUCAUCAAUCGACAAGGCUGGUGAUGAGAUCUCCGCCAUUGAAAAAGUAACUUUAUUGAUAGGACCCGAUUUCGAUGAUGAUGCAAACAACGAUGUCGAUGCAUCAGGAAAAGCGAAAUUCGGGACUGUUGAAUUUCUUCUACAGUUGGAGAAGAGAAGAUCGAUCAAGGUGUAUGGGAAAAGUACGAUGAUCGGAUUGGCAAUUACAUUCUUUGCUGGUUUUUGCUUCUCAUUAUUUUCACCUGCAUUCAAUUUGGCUACGAAUGAUCAAUGGCAUGCAUUAAAAGCUGGCGUUCCUCACUUAACAGUCUACACAGCUUUUUUCUACUUCUCAGUGUCCUGUUUUGUUCUUGCUAUAUUUUUGAACGUCUUAUUUCUUUAUCGACCGGUAUUAAGCGCGCCUAAAUCAUCAUUCGGGGCUUACUUAAGGGACUGGGAUGGUCGAGGUUGGGCUCUUUUAGCAGGACUUAUUUGCGGGUUUGGUAAUGGUUUCCAGUUUAUGGGUGGUCAAGCUGCUGGUUAUGCUGCAGCUGAUGCUGUUCAGGCACUUCCUCUUGUGAGCACAUUUUGGGGUGUGAUUCUGUUUGGGGAGUAUAGGAAAUCUUCGAAGAGGACUUAUGUAUUGCUCAGUGGCAUGUUGUUGAUGUUCAUUGUUGCUGUGGGAGUUCUCAUGGCCUCUUCCGGCCACAGGAAAUGACCCAUGUUUUUUCUUAAUUGGUUUAUCAAACAAUUAUUUCCCAAGUAGACUUUCUUUCUUUGGUAUCAUUUAGAUCAUAAUUUGAAAAAAAAAAAGCAAUCUUAUUUAUAUACCAAAAGAAAUAUUAACUUGAUAAGCUUUAGAUUAGAAUAGUGAACAAAUAAAGAUAAUUAUAAACACAUUAUCAU